AUGCUCCCUCGCACCCUCAUCCUGCCGAUUGCAGCGGCCCUCCGGGUGGCCUUCAUCGCACCGCCUGCCUCCCAUUACGUUCCGAUGCUCCCGAUCGCUCAUGAGCUGCUCGACCAAGGCCACGAGGUGACUUUUCUCGGACUCGCCGACACCGUGGCCAAGAUCGCCAAACUCGUGCCACAGGCCCACACUCGGGCGCUAGAAGCAUCGGUGCCUGCGGAUGGCGAACCCAAGAAGCGAGGCAUGGGCAUGAUCCAGGAGCUCCCGUACUCGGUCGCGCAGCUCUUCACCAACUUGGUCAUCCCGCUGCUCGGCAACCUCAUCGCCGGCCAGAUGCUACUGCCAGCCAGGCGAGUUCUACUCGAGCUCAAGCCGGACGUGCUCUGCGUCUCCUUCAUCUACCCGUCGCUCUACGCGCUCGGCGAGGCGCUCGGCAUCCCCGUUGUCGGCGUCGGCUGGGCUACACCAUCCUUUUUGACGGUGCAGAAUGAGCUUCCGUGGAGCCUCGAGCCCAACUGCGGCUCCAUUCACUCACGCGAAGAGGUGUACGGCAGCCUCCCUACCCUGCUGGCCAACUUUGGCGUCCGGCUCUUCUCCUUCUUCACGCUUCGCCUCGGCUCCGUCGUCAACUCGAUCCACCGGUUCCGUAUCGGCCACCCGCGGCCGCUCGAGCCGUGGGAGUUUGACUGCGUGCUGCAGCACCCGCUACUCCUGCAGACCCUGCCCGAGCUCACGGCUGGCAGCCCAAGCUUGCUCGGGCCGUACACCUUCAUGGUCGGGAUCCUCGAUCACCCCGGCCUGGGAGGCAACUCGAUCGCAAAGUCGGACGACGCGGCGCGGAUCAUCGAGUGGCUCGACGCGCGUCUCGCCGCAGGGCAGCGCGUGCUCUACGUCGCCUUCGGCUCCGAGAUCUCUCCCUCCGAGCCGAUGAUGCGGCUGCUUGCGGGCGCCUUUGAGGAGGCAAGCGAGAUGCACGUGCUGUGGGCGACCAAGGCGAGGCCCACCCUACCGCUGCCGUCGCGGGUGCUCGUGACGAGCUUCGCGCCGCAGCGCGCAGUGCUGACGCACGGCGCGGUCUUUGGCUUCCUCUCGCACGGCGGCGCCAACAGCGUCAACGAGGCGCUGAUGCUCGGCAAGCCGAUGGCCAUCAUGCCUUUCUUUGGCGACCAGAUGGCGGUCGCGAGGGCGCAGCAGGAGCUCGGCGUCGGCGUCCUCGUCCGCAAAAAUGCGCCGUCAAGCGAGCUCGUCGAGGCGGUGCGGCGUAUCGCGGGCGAACCCUUUGCGGCGCGCUCGAGGCAGGUCAUGGAACUGAAUCAGAGGCGGAGCGACAUGCGACGCGCCGUCGAGGUGAUCGUCAACCACGGCAGCGGCGCGUUUACGCUGCACAUCCCGCCGCCGCCCGCGAUUUGGAUGCGGCUUGUGCCGCUUCUUCUCACCCUCCUGCUCGCCCUCGCGUGCUGCGACCUCUUUGGCUGCGUGCGCGCACGCCCGCAGGUGCGUUCGUGUUGA